CAAGGACCGACUUUAUAUUCACCCCAAGUUCGGACCAGCAUAUUUCUAACCGGCCGCAAGAACGAUGUUGAAGGGGGAUUCCGUCAAAAUGGAUGCUAACCCGUCGGAUGGCCAAAGUCAAGGUCGAGUUCCGUCAAUUGAAUAUGGAGAGGCGAAGCAGUCAUUGUCCGGCGAAGCCGUUAACGCCUCCGGGCAUAAACAGGAGCUGGAGCGCAACUUCAGCCUAAUAAGCAUUUGUGCCAUUGGGAUCACGACGGGAAACUCAUGGACCGCAAUGGGAGGCAGUCUUAACGUCGCUAUUUACAAUGGGGGACCACCUGGAGUUAUUUACGAAUUCAUUGCCGUCGCGAUAUGUUACUGGUUAGUUGCAGCCUCCAUUGCUGAAUUGGCUUCCGCAAUGCCCUCAGCGGCUGGAGUGUAUCACUGGGCUAGUUUAACAGCAGGACGAUAUGGUCGUCCGGUAGGUUGGCUAGCUGGCUAUUGGAAUUUCUUCGCAUGGGUAUUUGGUGCUGCCUCCAUGGCCUCAAUUCUCGCCAACCAGACCGUCUCAAUGUACAUGCUUUUCAAUCCGGAGUUAGAACCACAGGCAUGGCAUAUAUUUGUCAGUUAUAUUUUCUGCUCUUGGCUCUGCUGCUGCAUUGUGUUGUUCGCCAAUAAAGCACUACCGGCCAUCAGUAAUGCGGGCAUGUUCCUUAUCAUCGCCGGUGUCUUCGUUACCAUUCUGGUUUGCGCCAUCAUGCCCCAUGUGACUGGGCGCGGAUAUGCGUCGAACGACUUUGUCUGGAGGGACUGGGAGAAUCAAACAGGCUAUUCCAGCAACGGCUUCGUCUUUGUUGCCGGUAUGCUUAACGGUGCGUACUCCGUCGGCAACCCUGACAUCACCAGCCAUGUUGCAGAGGAAAUCCCCAGACCAAGUCGCAACAUCCCUAAAGCCGUCCUUGCUCAAAUGGCCGUAGGCUUCGUCACCGCCAUAACGUACAUGGUAGCGCUCCUCUACUCCAUCCACGACCUCCCCGCCGUUCUCGACAACAAAUCCACCUUCCCACUCGCCGAGAUCUACCGACAAGCAACUAACUCCCACGGCGGCGCCCUAGGCCUCCUCAUCGUCGUCUUCCUGCCCACCUUCAUAACUUGCAUCGGCUGCUACAUCACCGCCGGCCGCACCCUCUGGACCCUAUCCCGCGACAACGCAACCCCAUUCAGCGGCUGGCUGUCACGCGUCAGCACCGCAUUCCACAACCCCUUCAACGCCACGUUUAUCUGCGGUUGCAUCGUGACGGUCAUGGGCUGCAUCUAUGUCGGCUCGUCGACGGCAUUCAGUGCGCUCGUCGGCUCCUUCGUGCAGCUUUCGUCACUAUCAUACACUGCCGCGAUCCUGCCGCACAUCCUGAGCGGGCGAUCCGCGUUCCGGCCGGGUUAUUUCUUCAUGCAUGGCUGGGUUGGGUACCUCGUCAACGCCGCAGCGUGUCUGUAUAUGAUGGCGUUCAUUGUGAUAUUCUCGUUCCCGUUUGCCCUGCCUGUCACAGCGCAGGAUAUGAACUACACUUUGCUAAUCACGUGGGGAUUGACGAUUUUCGUUGGGGCGUGGUGGCUGUUUAGGCGGAGGGAUUAUAUAGGGCCUAGAGCGAUGCCGCUAACAGAGGUGAUGAUGGCGAAAGAUGCGAUAUGAGUUCGUUGGUUAUUUGUUUAGUUUUUGCUUUUCUUUUAUUUUUUAAGAGAAAAAACUCUCUAUUCCCAUGACCCGAGAAUUCGCUCCCCUCCAUCAGAGAGGAGUCUCCUUCAUUCAUGGAUAAAUAUCGAUACUGCCUUGGAUAUACGGCCUUAGAAAAUAUACUUCUGGUAGGUUAAUAUGUUGAGAAGGGCGGGGAGGAGAACGCCUUUCCUUCUCUUCCAUUCUCGUAGAUAUUAAGGCCAUAUCUAUUAAAUUC